AAACCCGAAACAACCCGACCGAUGCCGAGCGGGGCGCAAGUAAAAAAACAAGUUUAAAAAUUUCGCGAUCGUAAUUAUGUAACUAGUGGAGUAAAAUAUAUUUUUUUAAUAAUCAUUUAUACCUAGCUAGACCCGAAAAUGUUGUGAUAAUAAUACAGUGUGAAAAAUUACAGUGCAUAAUAAGUUUCUAAAGGGCUUCUAAUGUAUAACUUAUAUUGAUUUUCUGCGACGUUGGAUGCGGUAUCCUGUUAAAUAAAUGUUAUAGCUUUAGAGUAGAUCAAAAUGGCCGUCCAGGAUAUGACGUAACAGUGAGAGCUAUGCGCCGGUAACACAAGAUGGAGGGCAGCGGAAGUAGUACAGUGACGGAGGCGUACCAAUAUGUGGGCCCCUUCAGACUGGAAAAGACGCUGGGAAAGGGACAAACGGGGCUGGUUAAACUCGGGGUGCACUGUGUUACUGGAAAGAAAGUUGCCAUCAAAAUCAUUAAUAGAGAAAAACUGAGCGAAUCUGUCCUUAUGAAAGUAGAGCGUGAGAUAGCCAUAAUGAAACUAAUCGAACACCCUCACGUUCUUGGCCUCUCCGAUGUAUAUGAAAAUAAGAAAUAUUUAUAUUUAGUAUUAGAGCAUGUAAGUGGAGGGGAGUUGUUCGAUUAUUUAGUUAAGAAAGGCAGACUGACCCCGAAGGAAGCAAGAAGAUUCUUCCGGCAGAUCAUCUCUGCAUUGGAUUUCUGUCAUAGCCAUUCAAUAUGCCAUCGGGACCUGAAACCAGAGAAUCUUCUUCUAGACGAACGGAACAACAUCAAAAUAGCAGACUUCGGUAUGGCAUCCCUACAACCCGCCGGGUCGUUGCUGGAAACUUCAUGUGGAAGUCCGCAUUACGCCUGCCCCGAAGUUAUUAGGGGCGAAAAGUAUGAUGGCCGUCGUGCAGAUGUGUGGUCCUGCGGUGUAAUUCUGUACGCUCUACUGGUGGGAGCACUGCCGUUUGAUGACGAUAACUUACGACAACUACUUGAAAAGGUCAAACGUGGAGUAUUUCAUGUGCCACAUUUUGUGCCUCCCGAUUGCCAGCAACUCCUAAGAGGAAUGAUUGAAGUGAACCCUGAGAAAAGAAUGACACUAGCAGAAAUAACCCGGCAUCAGUGGGUCACCGCAGGAGGAAGAGGCGAGCUGGAGCAGGAGUUACCAAUGAUGGAAGUUGUACAGACCAGGGUCCUGCCAUCAGCUGACGCGAUCGACCCAGAUGUAUUGCAAGCCAUAAGCAGUUUGGGGUGUUUUAAGCACAGAGAGAAGCUAAUUCAAGACUUACUAAGUUCACACCAUAACACGGAAAAAGUGAUAUACUUCCUGUUACUUGAACGGAAACGACGAAGACCAGCGAGGGAUGACGAACCCCGCCCCCCUGCGCUUGCAGCCCCCUCAGACCCACCCAGGAAACGACUCGAUACCUGCAGAGUAAAUGGACAAUCGGCACAUUUCGGGCAAAUAAGUGAAGGAUCGCCAAUAACGCCAAGACGAUCGCAAUUCAGCAGGUCAUCGGGGAGACGAACAGAGGGGAGAGCUUCGCCGCAGCUGUCCGCCAGUCCGCCAGGUCAUACGCCACACCGAGUGUCUUCAUUAGGUGGAAGUCCAGCCACUCCCGGAUCUCCGCUAGCAUCACCUUCCAUCCGCGAACAUCACCAUCAGAGAGCGAAUUCCACGGGACCCACUAUCAGUCUAAAUAUCAGUGGUGAACCUGGCGAGGCAGUUAUUAUUAUCAACGAGAAUCCAAUCGUCGGCUCUUCCGUCUCUGUCAGACCGCAUAGUCCGUCUCACUCACACAGAGUUCGCGAGCGUUCCUCACUACCAACACCGACGAAUGCUCAGUCGCCUCCGCAGUCUUCACUAUUCCCCAACCUGGCUUCAAUUGCAGUUGGGACAGCUGGUACACCGGCAGCACCUUGGAGAACAAGACUGGCCACCAUAAAGAACUCCUUCUUGGGUAGUCCCAGGUUCCACAGGCGGAAGAUGCAAGCGUCGUCGGAAGAAGUCCAUCUAACCCCUGAAAGCUCUCCGGAGCUCACAAAGCGCUCAUGGUUCGGGUCACUGCUUCUCUCAGUCGAUAAAGAAGAGACUUUUACAGCACUUGUCAAGGGGAAACCGCUCGCGACUGUAAAGGCUGACCUUAUACACGCUUUCUUGAGUAUAGCAGAGUUGUCUCACAGCGUGUUAAGUCCGCUCUCGUUCCGCGUCGAGUAUAAGCGCGGCUCUAAUGCACCCGCCAUGUUUCAGAGGCAUGUUCGCUUUCAGGUUGAUAUAUCUACUAUUACGAAGGCACCGGGAGAAAACGGCAAGGAGUACUUAUAUGCGAUCACAUUUACCUUACUUUCAGGCAAUAUACGCCGGUUUCGACGUGUGUGUGAAGUGUUGCAGAGCGCCGUGUGUAGAGCGCCCGGUGCUUCCAGACGAAACAACCAUUUACACUAUGCCAAUGAAAUGCCGGACAGUCCAGAAAACCCGCAGAAACAGGAACACGACUGCGACUCAUGCGAUCCUGGCAACACACCCUCCAGCAACACGUCCAACGAGAGACUCGAUCAGAAUGGCUCCCAUACACUGGGGUCCAACUCGUCUGUGGCAAGCGGCUCAAGCGGUUACAAGAGUGUGCGAAGCCGUCGUGCGGCGGAACCUGCUUCCACUUCCCUGGACCACGAGAUAAUGAGCUGCGGGCGAGAUCUACCAGGUACGCACACGAAGCGUUCUUCGUCAGAAUGCAGGGACUCGACAUCUUCCCCGCGCCGUGGACUCGAAUCCCGUGACGCCAGCAUUAAAGACGAGCUCAGGAGAAACAACUCCUUGCGGGAGAACCGCCGGGAACCACGGACAGAAAUAACGCCCACUUCGUUAGCGUGAGAAAACGAAACAACCUUUACCAAAGAAAAAUAUCGACAGCUCUUAGUCUAGGAUAUUAUAAUAUGGAAGGAGACCUUUCAUAAAAAUGAUCCCAAAAUAAAAAUGUUUAGCUCAAUUCAGACAGUCUUCGCAUUCUUCGCCAGUCUUUAACAUUACGCUUAACUUUAUGUUAAAGAACAAAGGAAAUUCUGGGCAUCUGUCAAGUGUUUUUAACGUCAGUUCUGUACGAGCAUUAUUUUUCAUUAGCAGACAUUUUUGAUUUCUGGCCCAUUAUGAAUGGUCUCUUUUGUUGCAUAUUAAUUUGGUCUAGGUUGAUAAGAGAAACCCACGAUUCUUAUAAAUCGUAUAGAAAAGCUAUGUCAAAAUAGAUUUUGUGCUAAUGUAAUUAAAAUGUUUACAGUAAUGGAGGAUAAGUGUCGAUUUUUGGUCUAGGUUGAUGGAUGGGCUUCAAAGAUGUUGUAUUUGUAAGCAAAUAGAACAAUAAAUAUAAAAUACUUUUGGUACAUUGACUUGACCAGCAGAUACAACAUAAUAUUGUAAAUAAUGCACGAUAUUAUUGCUAUUUAAGCCGGCUCUUGGUCUAGGUUAAUAGAAUUAAUCGACGGUAAUUAGCAAUUUACAACAAUAAUAAUUGCAUAGCAUCUUGGUCUACAGUGAUGGUUACUUGAUUGUUAGUGCGACAAGAGUCGAAGUGAACGAAAUUUUAUUUGACGUACGCCAUUGACAAUCACACUCAAAAAAUGUCUGAAGUAAAAUUCUGCCUAUGCGUCUAUUAGGUAGAAUUGUAUACAAUAUACUUUGAACAUUACUGCGACGAAAUAAGGUGUUAAUUUGAAUGAAUGGUUUCAUGUUGUCUGUAUAGGUUAAUGUGUAAAUGUAGACAACGCCGGUCGGGCCUUUAUUGAACGUCAAUGAUUGUUGCAAAACUUUUUGCAGGCUACAAUAGUCAUUGCACCAUUCAAGUUCUGCCGGACUCCGGAGUCAUAGCGGUGACUAUUCACUCAUCAUUGACUAGUUGAGGGGCAACAUUUUACCAUAAACUAUAAUU